AUGGAGCCAAGCCUGCUGCAGUUGGGGGGUGACCUGGAGGACCUGGAAUCUGCCCUGAACCGUUCCUCCCCCCGGCGCGUCCUGGGCUCGGGCUCCUGCUCUGCCCUCCUCAAGCUGCUGCCGGGCCAUCGGGAUCUCCUGGUGGCCCACGACACCUGGACCUCCUACCAGUCCAUGCUGCGCGUCAUCAAGAAGUACACGCUGCCCUUCCGCACCUCGCCCGGCGGCAAUUCUCAGAUCCCCGGGAGCAUCCAGGUGUUUUCCUCCUACCCCGGCACCAUCUUCUCUGGGGAUGACUUCUACAUCCUCAGCAGCGGGUUGGUAGCGCUGGAAACCACCAUCGGGAACAACGACCCGGCGCGGUGGAAGUUCCUGGACCCCCGGGGCAGCGUCCUGGAGUGGCUGAGGAACAUCGUGGCCAACCGCCUGGCCCGCAGUGGUCCCGAGUGGGCCACCAUCUUCCGGCGGUUCAACAGCGGCACCUACAACAACCAGUGGAUGGUGGUGGACUACAAAGCCUUCACGCCGGGGAGAGCCACCCCACCGCCGGGGCUGCUGACCGUGCUGGAGCAGAUCCCGGGCCUGGUGGUGGCGGCCGAUGAGACGGAGCUGCUCUACCAGCAAGGCUACUGGGCCAGCUACAACCUGCCGUUUUUUGAGGAGAUCUUCAACGCCAGCGGGAACCCAGAGCUGGUGAGGAAAUACGGGGACUGGUUCACCUACGACAAGAACCCGCGCGCCCAGAUCUUCCGCCGCAACCAAACAUUGGUCCAUGACCUGGACUCCAUGGUCCGCCUGAUGCGCUCCAACAACUACCUGCAGGACCCGCUGUCGCGGUGCCGGGGCUGCGACCCCCCCCAGAACGCGGAGAACGCCAUCUCUGCCCGCUCCGACCUCAACCCCCCCAACGGCACCUACCCCUUCCCGGCCCUGCGCCAGCGCUGCCACGGGGGCACCGACAUGAAGGUGGUGGUGAUGGUCACCUCCUGGGGCAUGGCCCCCACCUUCGGGCUGGUGGCCGCCAGUGGUCCCACCUGGGAUGAUGUCCCCCCCUUCCGCUGGAGCGUGUCCCCCUGCAGUGCUCUGCUGCACAUGGGACACCCCGACCUCUGGACCUUCCCCCCCAUCAAGGUCCACUGGGACUGA